AUGUCGAAGUCGAAAAAUUCAGUAGGACGUUCGUUAGUAAAAAAACGUUUUCCGAAUCAACAUCGUACAAAGUCCGGAGAUGAAUGGACACACCAGCGACUUGAUUUCACUGCUAGUAAUGAUUGGAAUCGAUUGAAUCUACGAUCAGUGACAGAUCAAAAUUCACUGGAUGAAUUUUUAACAACUGCACAAUUAGCCGGCACGGAUUUCGCAGCAGAACGACUCAAUGUUACGUUUGUUCCUGCUGUAGCAAAAGUUGGAGUUUUAUCUUCCGAUGAUAAAAAACGUAUACGAGAAGUUCAAAAUCUACAUAAAGAUCGACUGAGUAUUCCGCGGAGACCCGCGUGGACAUCCGAUAUGAGUGCAGAACAAAUCGAUCAACAAGAACGUGCUAGUUUUCUCGAAUGGAGACGAAAAUUAGCUUUAUUACAAGAAGUCGAUGAUUUAACAUUGACACCAUUUGAAAAGAAUCUUGAAUUCUGGCGUCAAUUGUGGAGAGUUAUCGAAAAAAGUGAUGUAAUUGUUCAAAUAGUUGACGCUCGAAAUCCAUUACUAUUUCGUUGUGAAGAUCUGGAAAACUACGUUCGUGAAUUAUCACCGGAUGGCAAAAAAAUAAACGUAGUCCUAAUUAACAAAGCCGAUCUAUUAACAGAUGAACAGCGACUAAUGUGGGCGAAUUAUUUUGAUGAACAUGACAUACGAGUGAUAUUCUACUCAGCUUUGGAAUCGGCUCCGACGACGAGAAAGCGCAAGAUAACUGUUGAGUCUGAAUCAUUGGAUGAUACCGAAAAAGUUCUUGAAGAGAUUAAACGCAGUCAAGCUGGUCACAAUGAUGAUAAUUUUGAAAUCGCCAAGUCUCCCAAUCAGUUAAAUCGAUUCGAUGGUCUUCAAUUAGAAGAUGAAAAUGAAGAGAAAACAAAAGCAGAAAUCAAUGUGGACAGUGAAGUCAGAGAUGAAGAUGGCGAUGACGAUGAUGAACAACAAGAAGAAAAUGUAUCUGAAAAUGAACAAGAUGAUGAAGACAACGAAGAAGAUGAAGUUGUUGAACAAAUACGUGAAGAUAUUUUAGCGUAUGUGCAAUCAAAAGAAGUUAAGAAGAAGAAUUUGUCCAUAGUUGUCAACCGAGAGGAAUUGAUACAUUUACUUAAAUGUAUAUAUCCUCAUGAAACAACUGCCCGAGAAAACAUUUUGACUAUUGGAAUGGUUGGCUAUCCAAAUGUGGGUAAAAGUUCAACAAUUAAUUCUUUGUUACAAUACAAAAAAGUAUCCGUGUCGGCAACACCGGGAAAAACGAAACACUUUCAGACAAUUUUCCUAGAGAAAAAUCUUCUCCUGUGUGAUUGUCCUGGUCUUGUUUUUCCAUCAUUUGUAUCGACUAAAGAUGAACUGACUAUCAACGGAAUCCUUCCCAUUGAUCAAAUGCGUGAUUAUAUUGGUCCUGUCAAUCUCGUUUGUCAUCAGAUUCCACGAUUUGUUCUCUCGCAUGUCUACAACAUAAUGUUACCAUUGCCAAAAGAAGGUGAAGAUGAAAAUCGUCCACCGACCGCCGUCGAAUUAUGUGCUAGUUAUGCUUAUCGACGGGGGUUCAUGACUCACAAAGGUAUUCCAGAUGGUAGUCGUGCUGCGCGUCUAAUUCUCAAAGAUUAUGUCAAUGGUAAAUUGCUUUAUUGUUAUCCUCCACCUGGCUGUGACGCGGAAGAAUUUCAACAGUAUUCUACUCGUUAUCAUCUCGACAAUAGCGAUGAUGAUGACGACGAUGAAGAUGAUGAAACAAAUAAGAAGGAAAUGAGUUCGAAUGAAACAACAUCAAAACCAUCACGAUUUCAACCAUCAGAAGUCGAUCGACAAUUUUUCCAGCCAACUGAUGUACGGUUCGGCAGUAAGGGUCCGCAUGGUCAAGUCAAUUAUACCAGAAGAAAUGGUCCAAUCUUAACGGGUGCAACGAUGAAUGAUCCAACUAAUCCAUCGUUAGAAGGCAAGCCUUGGAAGAAGCACAAUAAUCGUAAUAAAAAGGAGAAAUUACGACGUUUGUAUCGACAUCUUGAUGCUUAA